GACUGCAACAAACCUUGUUCUUUGACGUAAACGAUAACAGCAGUGAAGAGAAGCUUCCAACUUUGAAACAGCAACACAGGAUGCAUCCUUUCUUCCUGCUCUGUAUCGCGGUGACGGGGUCCGUUGCCUGGGCUCGACCUAAUCCCUCUCCCUUCUCCUCAGAACUGAUCCACCUUAUUAACAAAGCCAACACCACCUGGACAGCCGGCCACAACUUCCAUAAUGUUGACAUCAGCUAUGUGAGAGGGCUUUGUGGGACCAUCCUGAACGGACCCAAACUGCCGGAAGUGGUUCAUAACAUUGCAGGUAUAAACCUUCCAGACAGCUUUGACCCACGCCAGCAGUGGCCCAACUGUCCCACUCUCAAUCAGAUCAGAGACCAGGGCUCCUGUGGAUCCUGCUGGGCUUUUGGGGCAGUGGAAGCAAUAUCUGACCGUCUGUGUAUCCAAAGUGGUGGUAAGGUCACUUUGGAGAUCUCUGCUGAAGAUCUGCUCACCUGCUGUGAUGAAUGUGGAAUGGGGUGUUUUGGUGGUUAUCCCUCAGCUGCUUGGGAGUUCUGGACUAAGACUGGCCUUGUGACAGGAGGCCUGUAUGACUCCAAAGUUGGUUGCAGACCCUACACCAUUGCCUCCUGUGAACAUCACGUAAAUGGAACUCGUCCUCCGUGCCAAGGCGAAAAAGAAACCCCUAAAUGUGUGCAGCAAUGCACGGAUGGAUAUGCUGUGUCUUACCCGAAGGACAAACACUUUGGCCUGCGCUCGUACAGCAUCCCUUCGGAGCAGCAACAGAUCAUGACAGAGCUGUAUAAGAACGGGCCUGUGGAGGCAGCUUUUAGUGUCUAUGAGGAUUUCCUGCAGUACAAAUCUGGCGUGUAUCAGCAUGUGACUGGAGAAAUGCUGGGAGGUCAUGCCAUAAAGAUCCUAGGCUGGGGGGAGGAGAAUGGCACCCCCUACUGGCUGGCUGCAAACUCCUGGAACAAUGACUGGGGAGACAAAGGUUUCUUCAAAAUAAAACGUGGAAAUGAUGAAUGUGGAAUUGAGUCUGAAGUGGUCGCAGGAAUCCCCCUCAAAUAGAUGAUUU